AAGAGAGAAGGAAAGAGAAAAAGAAAAAGAGAGAAUAUUUCGGAAUAAAUUCAGGAGCACAGAAGGAGAAGUAGUUCCGACUAGUCAGUCAGUCAUUGCAUUCAUCAUCGAUCACUGGUAGCAACGCGUAGAUCCCGCUAAUACGAACAAUCAUCUGCAAAGAGAUUAACGCGAGGUUUCGAUUGAACGAAUUGAGUCUUUAUAAAGUGUAUUAUACACACGUGAGCGGAAAGAUACAAAUAUGAUGUUGACCAGAAAAAUCGAUAUGAUAUCUAGAAGGAAGGAAUAUCUUUUGAAUCUGGUUCGCCAGACUGAGAGAAAUCGAUCUAUAACGUCACAAGAAGUAUUCAAACGUGAAUCAAAAUAUGGCGCUCACAACUAUCAUCCCCUUCCCGUUGCGUUAUGCAAAGCGGAAGGAGUUUUUAUGUGGGAUGUCGAGGGCAAACGCUACUAUGAUUUUCUGAGUGCUUAUUCUGCCGUUAAUCAAGGUCAUUGCCAUCCAAGAAUUUACAAGGCCUUGGUCGAACAAGCGAAGAUCUUAACGUUAACUUCUCGUGCCUUUUACUCGGAUGCAUUGGGAGAAUUCGAAGAAUAUGUUACGAAACUUUUUGGUUUUAAAGAUAAUCGAAUGAAACAUCAAAUGUUUAGAUAUGAGAAAUGGCUUCCGAUGAACACAGGAGUAGAAGGCGGAGAAACUGCUUGUAAACUAGCGCGCAAAUGGGCUUACACGUGCAAAAGUAUACCACAAUAUCAAGCGAAAAUUGUUUUCGCGGAAGGUAAUUUUUGGGGUAGAACAAUGAGUGCGAUAUCCUCAAGCACGGAUCCCACCAGUUAUGGUGGAUUUGGUCCAUUUAUGCCUGGAUUCGAGGUGGUGCCGUACGACGAUCUCGCAGCGCUUCAACAAACUUUAGCCGAUCCUCAUGUUUGUGCUUUCAUGGUGGAACCCAUCCAAGGAGAAGCUGGUGUCGUCGUACCAAAGGACGGCUAUCUAAAAGGUGUGAGAGAAUUAUGCACGAAGCACAACGUUCUGUGGAUCGCCGACGAAGUACAAACUGGUUUAGCAAGGACAGGGAAACGAUUGGCCGUAGAUCAUGAAAAUGUUAAACCAGACAUUUUGAUCCUUGGAAAGGCACUGUCCGGUGGUUUCUAUCCUGUUUCUGGUGUAUUGGCCAAUGAUUCUGUAAUGUUGACUAUAAAGCCUGGCGAACAUGGCUCGACUUAUGGUGGCAACCCUCUAGGAUGCAGAGUUGCCCUUGAAGCGCUUCGCGUACUAGAGGAAGAAAAAUUAGCGGAAAAUGCCGAGAAGCUCGGACAGAUUCUCAGAAGCGAGCUCAACAAAUUACCGAAGAAUGUAGUUACUCUUAUUCGUGGGAAGGGUCUACUUAAUGCUAUUGUCAUCAAAGAAAGCAUCGAUGCCAUGGAUGUGUGUUUAAAAUUGAAAGACGAAGGCUUACUCGCGAAACCAACGCAUGGCCAUAUAAUCAGAUUAGCUCCGCCGUUGGUCAUCACUGAAUCGCAAAUAAAAGAAUGCGCCGAUAUUAUUUCUCGAGUUAUUUCCCGGCAUGCUAACUAAUGAAUUCUAUUAUAAAAUGAACUUUUAUAAUUAUACUGACGAAAUAGAAAGAAUAUGUGCUUAGUACAAAAUUAAUGCAUAUAGAAUAAUUGAUAUAGAUGAGAAAGAUUGAAUAGUUUCAAGAGAAAUAUGUAAUGAAUGAUUGAAUGAUGUAAUAAUUUCUCUUUCAAUGAUAAAUUCGAAAAUUUUUAUAAAAAGACCAGAUGUCUUGCAUCUUCUCCGAUUUCAAUACCUUAUCGUUCAUAAAUAUUGGAACACUACAGUAAAUUUAUUAGAACAGUAUGAUUCUCAGUCCUCCAUAUAAUCUAGAUGGAUCGUAAAUUAAUGAAGUUAAAUUCGAUGAAGUCAAACUAGCAAUAAGAACAAGUUUAGCAAGGAAACAAACGUUCGACUAUACCGAAAGCUGUCGAAGUUGUUAUCUUGAGUUGUUAUGUAGAGAGAAAACAGUUACCCGAGUUAUAUACUGGUUAUUAAUAGCUAUAUGUGAUAUGGUUCUAUCCCGUACCGUCACGAGAUUAAUGUUUAUUCUGACGUUUGUCAGACGUUGGAUCUUGGCUUAAACUUAAAUGCUAAUAUCGCAUUUGAACAUUAUAGGUCAACAUUGACAAUUGCUUCUUUUAAGGCAUGCUCAAUUUGUGUAUUUGUCAUAUGCAAUCAAUUUCCCAUCGGAUAUCUGAAAGAAUAAUGGAUAAAAAUGAAAAAGAAAACAUUAAUAUGUUAAUAAUAUAUUUUUAUCAAAUAAUCCUUUUUUUUAUUUGAAAGCUUUGUAAUCCUUGUUAUUAGUAAUUAGUGUAUACACUAUAAUUUUGUUAAAAAUUCGUUUUAUUCUUGCGAAAGAGUAACGAGAGUAAAUAAGAAGAAACAGAUAUAUUAUUUCCCGCUCAAGCGGAUAAAUAAGUACAUCUAUAAAUAUUCGGACAUUUUAAAAUUAUUGCAACUAUAUAAAAUUUACUUUCUAAAAGUUUAUUACAGUUCUCUGUAAACCUGGAUUACUCCAAAUACUUAUAGAUAGUUUCAAAUACAUUGUUUCGCGAUCAGAUUAUUAUGAUAUAUGUAUUGUUUGCAGUUUCUCGUUUGGUUUAGCAUGAUGGCGCCAUACUAAACGAUAUUUUAUCAGAUAUGGAUUCUUCAGCUACACUGUAACAUUUAUUAUUUUAAAUCCCACCGAUAUAUCAAUUAUAUACAAAAACAUCCCGUGUAAAUAAGCAAUGCACAUCUCUCCCCUACUCUUUCCGUUUCUCUUCGUAUAAAUGUAAGACAGGCUGUGAAAUUAAACACAGUAACAGGAGGAUUUUUUCCUCCGAAUGAUCCUACGA